UGAGUGCACGCGGCAUCACGUUUCCCCCUGGCUUCAGUGGAUCAGCGGUCUUUCAGCCUGAGAUAGCAUUAUCUACGAGUCGGGUAUCAAACGCUGAGAAAGUGAGUCCACGCGAAGGACUUGCACGUGGCUUGGAGACGCUGCUGGUCAGCUAGGAGGCUGGGCGCUGGCCUCUUUGUGACUGGUGGCGAGCAGCUGCGGCCAUGACGCUCCGCACCACUGCGGCGAUCGCCGUGGCCGCCCUGUGCGUGACCUCCGUAGCCGCGGCCGUGGGCGGGCUGGAGCAGCGCAUCCGCUGCGGCUGCCGCGUGGUCGGCUUCGGCCACGUCCAGAUAGACAUCGGCUGCGGCUACAGCAAGGCAAAUGCUUACUCGCACGGAAGAGAAGGGAAGAACAUUACCUGCAGGAAAGAGGAGACGGCGUUCAUCCCUCGCGGCUACGAGCUGCUGGCCGGCGUGGGGCUGUACAAGGUGCACCGCGCGGCCGCCGACCAGGGGGCGGCGGCCUCGCGCUGCCGGCUGGAGGGCGGCCAGCUGGCGGUGCCCGCAGACCCGGCGGAGGCGGACGCGCUGGCGGCGCUGCUGAGGCGCGCGCACGUCGCCGCCGCGCUCACCGCCAUCACGGACCGCGACAACGAGGGCCACUUCAUGUCCAACCUAGGAGGGUCUCUGGACGCGGCGCUGCGCGGCCGCUGGGAGGCUCGCCAGCCGGACAACGGCGGGCUGUCUCUGCGCCGCGAGGACUGCGUCACGCUGGGCAGCGGCGCGCUCUUCAACGACGUGCCGUGCGACCAGCCGCUGCCCUUCGUCUGCAAGCUGCCGUUCUACCCCGUGCCUCCAGCCGGCUACCAAUACGUACCAGGCCUGGGCUUCUACAAGCGAUACACAAAACCAGCGAAAUACGAGGAGGCGAAGCGUAUCUGCGAAGGGGACGGCUCGCACCUUGCAAUACCGGACACGUUCGAGGAGGCCGAGGAGCUGCUCAAGCUGGGGGCUGGUGACAGCCUCUCCUCCUACGUCGGCAUCAGUGACAUCGAGAGAGAAGGAAGCUUCGUCACCGUCAUGGGCCAAUCGUUGGGUGAGCUGGCGUUUGACAACUGGGCUCCGGACGAGCCGAAUAACUUCCUGCACUUCCUGGGAGGCGAGGACUGCGUGGAGCUGAAGGCGUCUGGCCUGCUCAACGACAUCAACUGCGGCAUCGCGCUGCCGUUCUUCUGCGAGAGACCGUUGCCCUCCAGAGUGAGGUAGCCGCUGCGCGUCCUGGAGGUCGGCGCACCCCUCCACCAGGAGCAACACGCCAUCGGAGAUGCUCUACAAUUCAGCAGCACCUCCUUCUAGGGAUUAGGUGCUAUACUCACCUGCUCCGGUCUCUAUCAUCUAUCCACCCCUUACGAGGUCUCCCCAGUUUCCUCUUUCUGUUCGGCCGAUAAUUUAUUUAUUUUCUUUUAAUAAUCAAUUUCCUAUCAUUCUAUCAACACGAUCCUUCCAUUUCAUUAAGUUGUUUUCUAUCUUGUCAUUAACUGCAAAAUUUUUAAAUCAGAUCUUACUAACUCAUUCCUUUGUUGGUUAGUUAGAUACGUGUUCCAUGGAUCCUUUUGCACGAUCGAUCGUAAUGACGUGGAGCGAGUCAUUAUAUUCGUAUAGCAAAUUAAUUUACACAUAUGGUUACAUUCUGAACAUUUCUAAGAUUUUUGUUCGAAAGCAAUAAAACAUAUACAAAUGUUGUGAGUUAGUAAGACUCAGCCACCAUUUUUUACAACUUACAGUAACAGAAAUUCUUCUGUGGAAUGCAAAGGAUUGUCAAGAAGAAACUUUCCCAGUGUCUUUCCAAGUUUUACUCUGCUGUCUGUCAGACAUUUUAUAUCACUGGGUAAGCGAUCAAAAAGUUUUGUAGCAGCAUUGUGCAGCUCUUUUUGUGCUAAAGACGCCUUAAUGUGGAGUAAUGUCUUUUUUGCUUGUCGUACUGUAAUUCUGCACAUCAUUGUUCCUUUUGAACUGAAGUGGAUUGUUUACAACAAACUUCAUGAGGGAAUAAAUAUACUGUGAAGCAGUUGUCAGAAUGCCCAACUAUUUAAGCAGAUGUCUACAAUACCAUCGAUGGUAAACACCACACAAUAUUCUUACAGCACUUUUUUGUAUAACGAAAAAUUUUAUUCUUAAAGAUGAGUUAUCUCAGAACAUGACAUUA